CACAUCCAGAUCGAACCCAAACCACCCCCCCCCUCUCUCUCUCUCUCUCCCUCUCUCUCCUCUUUGCCUAUGGCAGUUUCCGAUGCUGUGGUGAGUAACCUUACAUCCAUCUAUGUGGCAGUAAUAGCCUGUAUUAAGGCGUAUGGGUUCCUGUGUGGGCGCAGCUUCGGCGGUGGGUUUGUGCUGGUUGUGUCCACCGCCGUGGUGGCGCUGAUUUUGGUGUCGACCUUAACGUGGGACGUCUCGCGUAAGGCCACUUAUGCAUUCGCCGGCGAUCAUCCUCCGCAGCCUCCGCCGCAUGUCCACGAGGUUUGCAAGGGUGGCAUCUGCUGGCACGGCGUGGCGGUGCGCUCGCCGGCGUCACAGGUCCGCUUCAGACUCCCCCAGCAUCUUCCUUAUACUACUUUGUAACCCAUCUUCUCCUUGUUUUUCUAUAUCAUCAUAAACAGAGAAUAUAAGCGAAAGAAGGAAAAAAAAAAAGAGAGGGUUUAGUUUAGUUAAUUUUGUUUUCACUUUUUUUUGGGGUAGUUAGGUUUAUGCUGCCUUAACUUUACCAAGUUUUUGAGAAGGGCACGAGAUGAUUUGGGAUGAGAGGAUGAUAUAGUUAGUUAUAUAUAUAUGUGUGUAUACUUUGUAAUAUAUGGUAAUCGUGGUUAGAGGAGCCGGGGAGGGUUUAUGUGAAUAAAUAAAUAUAAUGUAUUGUUAAUUUUUUUUAUAAUGGAAAGGAGAUGUACAUUGGUUUUUGCUUGAUCUUCGAAUUUGCCAGGUUUGGGGUUUGGAGAGAACAGGGUCUUGUGGACACUGAUGUGAAGGGAAGGUAAUGAGGAAAGUGGAGAGAAAGGACUUUAGUUGAAAACAAAGGGGGUUGGUGAAGGAGGACUAUUGUGUGGUAAUUUCUAGAGUAAUGACUUUUUU